AUGGGGAGAUCAGAGGCCAACAGCCAGAUAAAGAGUGUUCAUCUUGAGGAGCGUCAACCGGCUGCCUCAGAUCAAAGUUCUGGUAAUUCUGAUACCGCUUCAGCUCCGAUCACCACUGAACACCGGCGCCCUCCUUCUGACUUGGAAAUGGCAACCAAAUUCAUUGACAUCGAGAAAAUCACUUUCGAAUUGACGUCAAACUUUACCACUACCCCCACCGACGACCAAAUAAUGUACAAAGCACGCGUCACCGUCGAUCGAGUUCUGACACUCCAUCCAACCCGCCAAGACGGAGGUGAGAUCAUGAAGGCCAUCAAAUCACUUCAUGGUCACUUCUAUUCGAUGUGGACUGUUGGCGAGAGGGAAGAUAUGAAGCUGUUGCUGAGGGUGAAGCUGCUUGCUUGUAUGAUAGCAGUCAUGCGUGACCUUCUCCUUUCUCGCUUUGUGAGUUUGGCAUAUCAACCCCGAGCCACAGGAUGCCGAGGAGUCACAUUUGAAUGCACUCCAACGGACAUGCAUGAAAUCUGGCCAAGAUUUCUAGUCACUCCGCAAGUUUUCACCAACAACAACUCUCAACAGCUACAUAAAGGGCACCUCCUGAUCCCAGCACUCCAAGAUUCCCUUCUUUUUAUGGAGUUUUGGACGUUAACUCACGAUGAGGUGUCUUACCCUCGCAAGGCAUCCGGCCCCAGGAUAUCUCGCUCCACCAUGCCCGCCUCAACCAGCAACACCAGGGUGGGAGCUGUUUCCGCGCCCCGCCAUACCCUACUUCCGAUGGCAUUCAGGAUCAUUCCGAUCAACCGGAUCACCCGCGAAAUGACCCAAAGCAGCACUGUCAUCCCCAGCCGUCCCAAGAUCGCACUCAGGGCUCGCCAGGUUAUCCAGAAAGCCUUGAUGAAUGGAAGUCACGAUGAGACUAUCGAGAUGGCUCUCACCAAGCUGCUUUCAAACUUUAAUUACCUCUGGGGCUGGGGUGGCUACAAGGAUAAGUCGGUGGGGGUCACUGUUGGGUUACUUAAUGAGAUGAUGGCUGUCUUGAAGGGUGAAGUCAGCUUUCUUGUGCCAGUUCCGAUCCUUGAGUCUUUCCAUUUAGUCCAAAUCCCUUUGUUAAUCGUCUCUGUUCUCUGCGGCGUCUAUCGGACUUACUGGAACAAGCGUUUUGAAUCCAGCCCCAGGUAUUUUGUCUUCCGUCUUCGAAAUGCAUGCACUGCCGAUGGGUUACAGGGGGUCAUGCGCUCGCUUUUGUCUGGUAUGCCCCAGAGCUUACAGCGCUCAGCAUACAGGGGUGCCCGGCAUACAGGUUGUAGAGGUAACUACCUCUAG